GCCGGGAAGUGUAGUUGGUCGCUUAGUCUAGUGUUGUACCGUGAGCCGAGUGGACGGGUCGCUGGGAGACAAGAAGUAGUUUGGUUUGCGGGGAGACUGAAGAAAAAUAUUUUCGGUUGAUUUGUUUUUUUUUUUAGGAGGGGGAUUUUUAUUCUUCGUAGAGAGUAGAGAUGCGGCGGAAGAUUCUAUGGUCAUUGGUGUUGGCAUUGGCGUUGUCAGGGGUGUUGGCAGCGCCUGAAUCCUCGAAGGAAAAUGAUGAUAAUGGGAACCGCCUCGAGGACUCGCCCUCCACGUCCUCCGAAACCGGGGCGGCGGAGGCGGCGGCAGGAGCGGCGGCGGCGGCGGGAGGGGCAGCGGCGGCGGCGGCAACGACCGGUGGAUUCUUUGAGCCCCAGUUGCGGCAGUUCCUCGGAGCUCUAGAGAACGUCGAUGAUAUAUUGCGCUCGACGAUUCCCUCGUUGGAUCGAUUCCAGUGCCUCGAGAGGGUCAUGUGCUCAAUGGCCUCUGCGACAAACACUUUCUCGCCCGAGUCGCUGCUAAACCCCGGUGCCCAGAAUCCCCUCCAGCAGACCCUCCAACAGAGCCUCCAGCAGACCCUCCAGCAAGGACUCAUCCAAGACCCUUCGUUAGUUCAGCAAGGUUUCCCCCAGGGUUUCCCCCAGCAGACAGGGUUUCCCCAGCAGACAGGGUUUCCCCAGCAGCAGGUGCUUCAGCAGGGCUUUCCCCAGCAGCAGGUAUUCGCCCAAGGCUUCCCCCCACAGCAGGCCUUUCCGCAACAGCCUGCUUUUCAACAACCCUUCCCCCAGCAGGGAUUUGGGCCGCCUCCUGCUGGCAGCUUUAAUCCUCAGUUCCAGCCGCCGCCUUCACAGUUCGCCCAAACUGGCUUCCAGCAGUUUGCUCCCUUCGCCGGAGCCGCCUUCAGGGAAAACCAGGAUGGACAGCCUGUGGAGAGGCAAGGCACGCGUCCCCAGGGCAUCAGACGUCGGCCCGUCAGGAGGAGACAGAGAAAUGGGUUCCUAAACUUCCUUAGUAAUCUCGGACUGAACUUGGGCAAGAGGAAGAAGCGAGACCUCUUAACCGACCUUGUCAGCGGGUUUACUGGAGACAGAUUUAUGGGGCUGUUGGACCGAAUGAUGGAAUCUUACUCCUUCCAUCCCUACACCCACGCAGCCUACAUGGGAUACUCAGGGAAUGAGUGCAACAGACUGUACCCCUCCUGUCCCUCGUCCCCCGAAGAGAUGAUUGACGUUUUCAACAACCUCCAUCGUCACUAUCCCAACGGAAUUCCCUUCAAGGAUAAGAUGCCGUGGCCGCUUAAUGUUCUUCUUCCUUGA